AUGCUUAUAGGUCCAUUGAAACCACCCCAGUUUUCGAGGGUGCCGUUCGCUAAACCUUCAGAGAACCCGGGACCUGCCAACAAUGAAAAGACUCUCCAAACAGUGUUGUUGCCACACUCGAAUUGCAUGGUCGUACUCACUACCAGGCAGGUUCUGAUUUACAACUACAAGCCGAUGGCACUUGUAGCAACCAAUUUGCGCAGUAACGAGUCCAUUGAAGAGUAUGGGGAGAACAAGUCUGCAUUUGCUGAUGCAGCAAAUAGCGAUUUAUUCAGUGGCAUAGUUCCCGAGGCUGGACCAAAUUACGCGGGGUUGCAUCAGAGGAAGGCAACAUUUUAUGUGGUUUCUGAAAGAAACUUUGUGUUCGUUUUCCAGGUUCUUCUGGGUUCAAGCCCCGCCACUAUCUUGAAGGAAACAGGCAUACCGAUUGUAGACAUUCAGAGCAUGGAUCCAUAUUUUGGUCAAGAACUUGUUGACAAUAGCGACGAAAGUGAUGCGCUCACAGUAUUUGAUAAGUUUGAUGUCCAUAAAGUGAUACAAAAUGGGUACGCAGUUGAAAAGCAGCAGGGAUUUUUGCACUUCUUAACUGGAUCAUCUGAUAAUGUUGAUGAAAUACCAAUAAAAAGGAUAGAGCUACGCCUCAGAAUAAUUCUAAAGUUUGAACAUAGCAUACUUGAUUUUGCUGGUUUUCGUGAGGUGAACACAGAAGACAAUGGCGAUCACAAGGAAUACAUGCUUGUUCUUUUCCCUCACGGACUACAAAUCUUGGAGCUACAGAACUUUAAGCUGAAAGAUACUUCGCUGAUUAAGGUCACUGGCGGAUUAAAGAUAUUACAGUUCAGAGACUCGUUAUGCGUUGUUUCUCAAAGUUCAGAACAGAUUACAAUUAACAGACUUAAUGUCAGAGAAAAAAUAGUCUAUUCGGACAAACUCGAUUUUAGUGCCGAAAGUUCUCUCAUCAAUACAUUUGAGAGAGGUAGUGCACUAGUUCUUGCUUUUAAGAAGGAGAUUGUUUCAUACAACUUUAAAGAUGAUAAAAUUAUCAAGAGAUUUAAGGCGCUUUCAGAAAUUAACUGCUUUGAACACAUUACCGAGGAAGCCAACAUUAUAUUGACAAAGAAUGGGAUGUCUUUUCUCACCGAGUUCUACAACUGCAUUUUUUCGACCCUCGAUAAUGACAACAAUGACAACGAAUUGGAUGACUUUGCAAAUUUCACGAGUCUUACCUCUCUAGGAGGAACUCUGGUGUGCACCUCGCAUGACGGGAGAGUCGCUAAGUGGGACCUUUGGGUCGAAGCGUCGAGUCCAUUUUGUGACAUGAGACAUUCUAAACCCUUCAUUUUACUAAACGACUUUAACGACAUUAUGCUUUUCUCACCAACUCCAGAAUCCUCCGGAAAUGUUCCAUUCCAAAUCAUAAAACUGCCAACACAAACAAUCAAUAACUACGUUCCCUUGCUCAGAGCGAACGGCCCUGUUACCAUGCUUGCGGCGUAUGUUUCUAACAAAAAUAUUCUUUUGAUACAUAACCUGAUAUCAAAUGAGUGGCACAGCUUCCCAGAUAUGAUAGUGUUAGAAAUGAGCUGGCUUGGCUCCGAAUAUCUACUCUGCUACGUCCUUGAUGAAGAAAGGAAUGAACUAUUGAAAUGCUACCACAUGCCUUCGCAAUUGGGGCCGAUACCUGAUCUUAGCGCUCAAAUUCUAUGGGAAUACCCUAUUCCCUCGAGCUCAAUUUUGAAAAGCUUUCAUGCCAAUACCCUUUCCAAAUACAAACUUUUGAAAGUAACUUCAAAAAACGCAGACGACAGUGAUAUUGAAAGUAUGUUCAAAAUAGCUGAGAUAAUCUUGCAAAAUUCGGCGGGAGAAAUACGUGUUAUCGAUGUUAUAUCCAAGGUUCAUGCCGACGGAUCGUCAAAAGUCAAACUAUUCCAUCAAUUACCUGUCCAAAAGCUAACCGAAUCAUUUGAAGAGGCAUUUGAUUGGGUUUUAGCCUUUAAUGAAGGCUUCCUUUCUUAUUCUUUGGGCUCUAUUGUAAAGUGGGAAAAAAAAGGCGAUUCCGAAGAGUGGUCUUUCGAGACUCUGCUGGAAAACGUGGAGAGAAUUUUAGAUGUCGUUGACGCAAAGGCAUAUUUCGUCCAGGAAGAAUCUGUAGUGAUAUUUUCACUAGAAGACCUAUGGAAUAACGCGGAUCCUAUCGCUAGAGUGGCAGUUAAUGAAAACGAUUAUCCAGUUGCAAUCUCAUACAACGCCGCAAUCAUACACAGUGUCCAGUUUGUAUUUACUCGCAACCUGUGCAAGAUUGUUCCACACCAGACAAUGUAUCUCGACCAAGUUAUCAAUCACCUUCUCCAGAAAGGAGCCCCAAGCCAGGAUAUUGAUACCCGAUACCACGCCCUGAAUCAUUACAAGUUUUCCUUAGAAAAAAUCCUAUCAAGUAAAGUUUUGACUAAUGAGCCUCUACAAAGCAUUGUUGAGCUGAUAGACUACUAUGACCAGGGGCCUAAAUUUAGCGGCCGUUUAGAGAUAAUCAGCAACUGCUUGCGAAAAAUUGAAGUUGAGCAUUGGGACUAUCUUUUUAAAGAAAUCAAACUCACUCCUCGGGAUCUUCUUGUUCAAUGCGUUGAACAAGAUGAAGCAAAAGUACUGGGUGUGCUUCUAAUGGUGUUUCUGAACUAUGAUGGUGGCAAGCGGGGCGGCCAGCCAGAGGUUAAACCUAAAUCCAAACCAAAACGAAACAAGAAAAACAAAAAUCGCGGAGCAAACACAACUCACUCGAACAGCGGCAACGCAUCAACCGUGUCUACGAUUCUCAAUGAUGAGGAGCUUAUGGUGCAAGUGCUCAAAAUUCUGGUGAAUGCGGCGGCUUCCUCCACCGAACCUGACCAAGCUCGCGAGUUUUGGGACCUGAGCUUCCAAUUGGUUAGAUUCAUCCAUGCGCUGGACAAUCAAAAUCAUAGUUCAUUGGUGCAAGACGCCUUGAAGCUAAUAACUUGA